AUGUCAACUAUGGAUAUUAUUAAGCUUCAUGGUGGCGAACCAGCUAAUUUCUUGGAUGUUGGUGGUGGUGCUACAUCUGAACAAGUGACUGAGGCAUUCAAAAUUAUUUCAUCAGAUCCACAAGUCACAGCAAUUUUGGUAAAUAUUUUCGGAGGUAUUAUGCGAUGUGAUAUUGUUGCUAAAGGUAUCAUUCAAGCAGCAACACACUUGUCUUUAUCGAUACCUGUAAUAGUAAGGCUACAAGGCACCGAAGUGGAGGCAGCAAGAAAAUUGAUUUCAGAAUCUGGUUUGCGUAUAAUUUCUGUGGAUGAUCUUGAUGAAGCAGCAACCAAAUCUGUACAGUUAUCAAAAAUUGUCCAACUUGCACGCAAUGCAAAUAUCGAUGUCUCAUUUGAAUUACCUAUAUAA